CAUAGCUUUUCAUCACUCAUCUCUUCAACUCCAGUUCAAAAUGUUUGUUCAGUGGAUUUUUCUGAUCUCCAGCGCCACACUGAUCUCCUCCAAAUGGAGCCCGGCACGCAUCGUGGGAGGUCACUUGGUGUCCAUUGAAUCGGUUCCCUGGCAGGCUUCCCUCCUAAAAGCUGACGAACAUUAUUGCGGCGCGGUCAUCUAUAGUAAGACAGUAGUUUUGACAGCAGCUCACUGUGUCAAAGACCCAUCGCCUUCUCUUUACUCGGUAAGAGUGGGCUCAUCGAGUUCUAUAAUCGGAGGUCAAGUGGUGAAGGCAUCGAAAGUCCUUAAACAUGACAAGUUUAGUCAGCCUUUUGAACUCUCCAAUGACAUAGCAGUGAUCCAACUUCAAUCCAGUCUUCAAAUGGGAGUUGGUGUGAGUUCCAUCCCACUGGCCGAUACUUCUCCGCGACCUGGAUCUUCAGUCUCAGUUUCUGGAUGGGGAAAGACCGGAUUAUUUAAGGAGGGUUCUGAGCUUCUACUUGAGACCACAGUGGCUAUUGUGGAUCAGAAUGCCUGCCAAAAAUCCCAUUACGGAAGAAUUUCCAAGGACAUGAUUUGCGCCGCUGCUUUGGUAAAAGAUUCCUGCAACGGGGAUUCAGGAGGUCCUUUAGUAUCCAGAGGCAAACUGGUGGGCCUCGUCUCCUUUGGGGGAUUUGUGUGUGCUAAUCCCUUUCGCCCUGGAGUCUAUGCUAAUGUGGCUGAGCUCAAGCCUUGGAUUUUAAGGACUAUUCAAAGCCUUUGAAGUAGUCAGAAUCUAAUCUAUUACUUUAUAAAAUAUUUGUUUGAAAUGUUACUACAGUGGAUUUUUGUGAUCUCAAGCGUGAGCCUGAUCUCCUCCAAAUGGAUUCCGGAGCGCAUCGUGGGAGGUCAGUCGGUGUCGAUUGAAUCGGUACCCUGGCAGGCUGCCCUCCUGAAAAAUGGCGUUCAGUGCUGCGGUGCUGCCAUCUACAGUGAAGACUACAUUAUCACGGCUGCCCACUGUGUUCAAUACGGUGGUCCUGGCUCGUUCUCCGUAAGAGUGGGCUCGGAUUACUCCCACUCCGGUGGCCAGGUAGUUAGAGUAUCCAAAAUUCUGUCCCACGAGGGCUACAGUCGGCGUCUGUCUAACGAUAUAGCCGUGAUUCGACUACAGUCAAGCCUCACAAUGAGUAGCUCUGUAAGCAACAUUCCAUUGGCCAAUAGUUCUCCACCAAAUGGCUACCCUGCCUCGGUUUCCGGAUGGGGAGCUCUUGGAUAUUAUGAAAAAUUGGCCCAAUCCUUAAGUGGCGUCACAGUGAAAAUAGUGGAUCAUAAAAUGUGCUCAGAAUCCUACAACGGAUACAUCACUGAGGAUAUGAUCUGCGCCGCUGCCCCGGGAAAAGAUGCCUGUACUGGUGAUUCGGGAGGUCCCUUAGUCUCCAAUGGAAGACUUGUUGGCAUCGUGUCCUUCGGCAACGAUUGUGCUCAUCCAGAUUACCCAGGAGUCUAUGCAAAUGUGGCUGUGCUUAGGACAUGGAUCUUAAGUGCUAUUCAAGGCUCAACCGAGUCAAAGUCAAACAUAACUCUUAACCGGUUCGAAAUGUUCGUACAGUGGACUAUUUUUAUCUCCAGCAUCACCUUGAUUCUUGGCGAUUCUACUCCGCAGAGGAUAGUAGGAGGUAGCCCGGUGGCAAUUUCUGCAGUUCCCUGGCAGGCUUCUCUGCAGUAUUUUCGCUUACAUGUUUGCGGAGCUGUCAUCUACAGUGACCAGAUCGUUAUAACGGCAGCUCACUGUUUUAAGAGUGAUGUACGUUUACUGUACUCCGUGAGAGUUGGAACAGCGAUCAAACAAACUGGAGGUCAGGUUGUGAAAGUAUCUGCAUUUCGGAAGCACGAAGGUUUCAAGAGGUUUCCGAACGGUAAUUUAGAAAACGAUAUAGCCGUGAUUCGACUAAAAUCCAGGCUCCGUUUGGGUGCCAACAUAAGUCCAAUUCCACUGGCAGAUAGUUCUCCAGCUGUUGGAUCUGUCGCCUCCGUUUCAGGAUGGGGAAAAAUCGAUCCGCUGCUGCCUUUCUCCAUCAGACUACGCGAAGUAUCAAUCAACAUAGUGGAUCCCAAUGACUGCCAGCGAUCCUUUGAGUAUAUAAACAAGAACAUGAUUUGCGCCGCUGCCCCUGGAAUGAGUGCCUGUAUGGGAGAUUCCGGCGGUCCUCUGGUCUCCGGUGGAAAACUCGUUGGCAUUGUCUCAUUCGGGAGAGAAUGCGGCCAUCAAAAAUACCCCGGAGUCUAUGCAAAUGUGUCUCAACAUAAGCCUUGGAUCUUAAGUGCUAUAAACAGCCUUAGAAGCUUACCAGGGCGAAAGUCAUUUAUAAGUCCACGGUUCUUCGAAAUGUUUAUCGAGUGGAUUUUUGUGAUCUCCAGCGUACUCCUGGCUUCUGCCGGUUGGAUAUCGGAACGUAUUGUGGGAGGAUACCAGGUGCCCAUAUCAGAGGUUCCCUGGCAGGCUGCUUUUCUUUUAAAUGGAACUGCUGACUGCGGCGCUGUUAUCUACAGUGAUAAGAUCCUCAUUACGGCCGCACAUUGCAUUCAAAAUCAAAAUAAAUCAGACAUAUCCAUCCGAGUUGGCUCUUCGACGUGGAACAACGGAGGUCAACUAUUACAGGUAGACGACGCAGAAGUACAUGAAGAUUACAGUUUUACAAAAGAUGUUGUGAUCAACGAUAUAGCCGUGAUUCGAGUUAAGGGUCAUCUUAAGAUGGGUCACAGUGUUCAGUCCAUUCCUUUGGCCGAAAGUACGCCUGCAAGUGGAUCAUCUGCAACGGUUUCUGGAUGGGGAGCCGUUGGCUAUUCGCAGGAAGUAUCUGAACACCUACUCCAAACCACAGUGAACAUAGUCAGUCAGGAGGACUGCCAGAAGUCCUAUGGCGAGGGGAUAACCAAGAGCAUGAUUUGUGCCGCUGCCCAGGGAAAAGACUCCUGCUCCCAAGAUUCUGGAGGUCCUCUGGUCUCCGACGGCCAACUAAUUGGUAUUGUCUCAUUCGGUACAAGUUGCGCUGAUCCAAAUUACCCUGGUGUCUAUGUUAAUGUUGCCGAACUCAAGCCUUGGAUAUUGAGGGCUAUUGAAAAACUUUCUUGUUUAUGUGCUGGAAAAGUGUGAGGCAUACUUAAAGUCAUACAAACUUAAUACAAAUUCAGACCAUUGAGUUUAAAGUUAAUUUAAAAAUUUUAAACAAAAUUAAACAGUCAUGCUCUUAAAAUUGUAAUUAUUAUUUUUAAAAUUUUUACAAAUUAAAUACUUGCAGUCAUAAAA